AUGCCGGUCACAGGGGGGGCUAAGCCCCGGCUUUGCUGCGCGCUGCGGAAUAAGAGGCUCUCGCACACGGAGCGGUGUCGGGAACGGGCCGGAGCGGGGCCCUCGUGUCCCCGCAGCAUCAAGGCCAUCGAGAGCUCGAGCAAGGAGGACGACACCACGUGGCUCACGUACUGGGUGGUCUACGGCGUCUUCAGCGUCGCCGAGUUCUUCUCCGACACCUUCCUCUACUGGUUCCCCUUCUACUACGCGGGGAAGUGCGUGUUCCUGCUGUGGUGCAUGGCGCCCGGGCGCUGCAGCGGCGCCCAGCUGCUCUACCAGCGCCUCAUCCGGCCCUGCUUCCUCAAGCACCACCGCGCGCUGGACGCCGCGCUCGGCGCCCUGGGCACCCGCGCGCUCGACGCCGCCACCAUCGUCACCCGCGAAG